AUGUACGUCAUUUGGAUCAUUAUUGCGUCUUUAACAAGUAGAAACUGCGUGGCUAAUGAUGGUACGCUUGUAAACGUUAACAAGUACUGCAGAGAUAAAGACAGAUUGAUUACGUCUGAGGAGAAUGACGAAUAUUUGCUCAUCGCUGCUGAGAAUAAUACGAAUAUUAUGCUAGCGUGUCGCUUUUGCAAUGACCAUGAGGAACCUCAACCAAAAAUUUGGUAUUAUCAAGAUCAUUAUCGAGAAAACCCUGAAAAGGAGGUUGAGUUGGAAAUGGAUAAUAACAUUUCGUACAGUAGAAUCUAUACAACGCCAGAUCUUUCUCUAGUCAUGAAAAGUUUCACAGUCAUUGACGUCGGCAUUUAUCGAUGCCAUGGCAAAGAAGGACAAGAGGAAGAAAAAAAAUAUAAUUAUAGGAUCGAACUACUUCUCAAGGAUAUUGGUGGAGAGUUUUUAGAAAAGGGAAACAUAACGGAAUGGGGAAAGUAUCAAGAAAUAUAUUUAUGGCCUGUCAAUAUAAAAUUUGCAGUCUCGAAAAUGACUGACUUAGCGGAAAUUCGUGAAGAAGGAGUAAUCCUUCAGGUAAUAUCCGAAUGGGGUCCCUGGAGUCCAUGCGAACAGUGUAUAAAUAAUCGCGGUAUUAAAACCAGCAGGGGCUACUGUAGAUUAAAGCGUAAUAUAAAUUCGACGAUGUUAGAGAAAAAUGAUUCAGUCAUUAUAUAUUUCUUCCGAGAAUCUCCGAUGCUACCUUGCAAAUCUGUCCUGCUUCAAAGUGAAUUUCCCAGUAUCAGUCGCAUCGUACGAUAUUUACCAGAAUUUAUUUUAACAGAACCUUGCAAGAAGUGUCCACGCGUAAAAAAAAGGAAAAAAGGCGAAAAGUUUCGCUAUGCCAAACGAUAUGUUCUCGCCGAAGGCGCGCAUCUCGCCGUAACUUGUCCGGAAUCGACUAUAGAGACGCAAGUAAUUUGGAAAAAGGACGCACUCACUUUGAAAAAGGGAACGGCUCAGUCAUUUCGUCAAAAAGAUAGAGAAGCCCGAGUGAUGGUAGAUACUUUCUCAACGCUUUAUUUAACAGACGUGUCCCAAGAAGAACAAGGUAAUUAUACCUGCUAUGUAGAUAAUAUUAAUAUGAUGCGCAUGAAGAUUAUCGUUAUAUCUAAAACUCGGCUUUUGACGCAAGGCAUUCUUCGGAGAUGCGUAAGCUGCAGAUCGAGAGGAGACUUAGGCUCGUGCAAAGAUCCUUUCACUAUGAAUUCCACACAAAUCGCGCUCGAAAAAGGCAUCGACGCGGUGCCGUGUGUUUCCGGAUGGUGCGGAAAAAUCAUCGAGAGCCAAAAUUUAAACAACGAAUACGGUAUUGCCACGCAGAGAUUAUGCUUCCAGCGAGGUCCUGAUGACAACGAAGAGAGAUGCGCUUAUACCGUGUGGAAUUACAAAAAAGUGUACAUGUGCCUGUGUUAUGGAGAUCUUUGUAACGGAAUGAUGAAAACGACCAUCGCUAGUAGUUUUUUAAUAACAUUAUCUGUAUGUUUAACACGGUGGCUUAUUUGAGGAUGUAUAUGAUACUU